UCAUUGCGAACCGGACGAGCGCCCGCAACCGGUCGUCUUUUGCCGCCGCGUUUUUUAUAUUUAACGUGAUAUUCGCCGCGUGUGUACCAACAACAACUUUGGCCAUGGCGUCGCGGAUACAACCCAAACAGGCGAGCGUGGCCACCACGGGCGUCUCCUGCCUGGUCGGCGCCGUUGCCUGGAUCCUGAUCAGCUCCAUUUACAUAGGCAACACCGAGGGCUGGCCGCAAUUCGUUCUCAGCGCAUUUGCAGCAGCCACUGUGUGCGCGGUGGCCGCCUCGGCACUGGUGUACGCGGCCUACCAGCAGUACGUGGUCAAGAAGAAUCUGUUUGAUGACCACUGCAAUACCGACGAAUUCGAUUACCGGUCGACAGGCCAAUGGGCUGUGGUGACUGGCGCCACUGACGGCAUCGGCAAGGAGUACGCGCGUCAGGUGAGUGAUAGUAGUAACACCAUCAGCAAAAGCAGCAACGCCGAACAGGUCGGCCGCGUACUCGAUGAUACAGCUGGCGAUGAUGUGGCGGUGGCUUCGGCGCGAAACUCACUCGUAGACUAACCAACGCGUCACAAUCUCGCUAAAAAGACAUUUUCAAUAGUUUAGUUACAGUAGUUACAGUAGUUAUUAAAUCAAAAAACAAGUAUGUCAUGUCGUAUAACUACGACAUGACACACUUAUUAUGUGUGCAUUAUUGUAGUGGCGUGUUCAAUUCAGCAAGUGCCUGAUGUUAUAUUUUACAUUAUAUUUUAUAAUAUUAAGGAAA